AUGGUGUUUGAGAGUGUUGGUGGUGUUGGAGGUGAAGAUGGGGAGCGAUGGGAGGGGCAAGAACGUUGCGGCUGGGAGAUGCAGUGGCGGUCGAGGGGUGACCGGAGGUAUUUGGGACAGCGGCGAGAAGUGGCGGAAGUGGCGGAGGUGGCGGCGGUGGCGGAGGUGGCGGAAGGGUCAUGUUCGGGCGGUGAAUUGAAUGCGAAAAACAGGACUCGUGGCAGUGGAUGGGACGGUUGCCAACAUAAGUUGCGGAUCGACUGGAGCGGCGAGACACUUGGCACGUUUUCGUUGCGGGAGAGGCAGUCUCAAGGCAAAAGUGCUCCUCCGCAAGCUCGCACACAUCGGGAACGGCGCCAUCGGGAACGGCGCCAUCGGGAACGGCGCCAGCUGUCUCGCUCAUCCGCACGGACAGCACCAGCAAUUCCAACCUCGCUCUCACCGCUGUGGCCCAACCUCGGCGAACAACGCCCGCCUUGGGCGCACCGCACUGGCGCAGCAAACGCCCACCCUGCCCCCCCCCCGCCGCGCCAUGCCGCCCCUCUCCCGUUCCGCCCGCAUGAGCUUGCGCAUCGCCGGGCUGGCCCUCCUCAACGGCGCCGUCUACCUCGUCUACGUGCGCGCCAUCCAAAGGGCGAAGAACUCCGGCGUCCGCGGCACGCUGCAUCAGGACGGAAACCUCAAUUAUGA